CACUCUUUUGCACACACAUAUUCUCAUGGUUCGCCGUGGUCAUCCAUCAAAGCAGCGAUUGUUGUUUCCCCCCACAACAUCUCAUACACACAGCCAGGUAAAUGAAAGCAUCCUCCUCUCCUGGUAAUGGCUGACCAUGGAAUCUGCACGCUGUGAACAAGAAAUGGAUUACACACAAUGCUGCUGCAACCGAGCAUGAAGAAAAUGAUCCUCGUCAUCAAGUCUUUCACCACAUUUGACCAUUUGUCUGGAAAACAAGCCAGCCGUUUAGCCAAUGUCAGAGAUGCCUGUUAAACGACACCCAAAAGGACUACUGAAAGCGAAAAAAGCUGUGUCUCUUUAAGUGAAGAUGCGCUGCUGACUGUACAAUACAUUGCAAGUGAGUUGGAUGAAUAAUGUUGGCUGAAAAUGGGGCUUGAACGCGGCACCCCCGUGCAAAGAAUGCGAAAACGGGUGGUGCUCUUUCACACAAGUAUCAAAGCUGACCAACAGUCGGUGGCAGACGAUGGAUGCUAAAUUAAAAGAGGACUUGUUCAGGAGGUAUGUGGGCUCACUGGAAAAACGCCUUGAAGGUGGCGGAAACAAUCAGCAAGGGGAAAGAGGAAGACACAAGGACAGCGAGGCACUGCUCUCUACGGCCACAGCUCUGCUGGGAGCUUAUCAACCUGAUCCUGGCCAGCGGUUUAGAAUGGUGCGUUUUUAUGAAGUGGUGGACAGCUCGCUCCGCUGCCAGAGGGGAGGAAAUCUGAGGAACCUGGAGAGGGCUUUUCGCACCCUAGAGACCAUCUGCACGAACCUCUUGCUGUUCCCCUGGAAGAAAGAGUUCAGGUGUAUUAAGACCUUUACUGGACCGUAUGUCUACCAUCUGCAGUCUGCGAUUUCUGAUGCUGAACUCCGAACUCUGUUGCGCACCAUUGGCUACUGUGACCACGACUCGCAGUUCUACUUACAAGAGAGCCCGGGAGGCUUAAAUCAUCUCCGCCAGUUGGCUUUCGAGCUCUUUCUGGCCCAGGCAGAGUGCCGUCUUCUGGGUGAGGUGGUGGCCUUGGCUCGUGGUUCGGCCUCUGAGCUGGAGGCGUUGGAGCUCCGCAGGGGCUGCAGAGAUGAUGCAGCCGGUUGUGCCGAGGCGCUCAGAAGACGCGACAGCCUGGGAGCAGAUAUGGCUCGCUUGUCCGUGCAACCGCUGGAUAUCGAAAGGCCUCAUGCACAUCACUUAAGACGUGGGAGUCGACCGUCGAAAUCUGUGGACGUUACAGACGGAGCCGGUCACUGGCAUCCAGCCAUCAGCAAGCCAAUUCUGAAGGCUUCAUUGAGUCUGAGAAAGGAGCCUCUCUUUGUCGAUGCUGAGGAGGAUAUGAAGGAUGAAAUCAUCCGGCCCUGCACAUCAGCUUCGCUCUUCUCAGUUGCAGCACCGCCGUCCUACAGCCCUGUGGCUGAUUUCUUCCCAAUCCAGUCCCCUCUGCCUGCUGAUACGUACACAUCCUAUCACUUGUCAUCUCUGGAUGAGAUUGACUUGUACACAGAGAGAGGUGGAACUGGGACUAGUGGAAGGCAGACCCCUUCACGGCCUCCAUCAAGGGAGCCCCGAGAUGCAAGAGAUGGCUGGGUGCUCAAAGCCCAUGGCAGCGUGAGUUGCCAAGGUUGUGGGGUUGGCUGCUCAUCGGUGGCGUCCUGCCAACGUUGUGACGUCGUCCUCUGUCCCUCCUGUCACGAUGGUGACCCUGCACCUUGUUGUAGCUUUCAGGACUAUCAUGCCAAAUCCCCACGAACUCUUGACGGUUACAUACCUGUCAAGGAAAAGCUGUCAGUCUACUCCAACGCGCACUCACACGCCCACCACCACCCUCACCCCCUCACUCUAACGCACUCACACACUCAUCCUCACCCUCACCCUCAGAUGGUGGAGAAACCCAUGUUGUCAACCAAGCUGUUCCCAAGUAAGUCAGUUGCACUGACAACACCUAAGGGAGGAGGCAGCGAACGUUUGAGCAUGGGAGGCUCUCGCUGCGGCUUCUGCAACAAGCCAGGUGCCUCACACACCUGCGUGAACUGUUCUAAGGUGUCGUGUGACUCUUGCAUGGGUUUGUACGCCAAGGAUAUGUGCACUAGGAAGAACCCCCAGCACAGUUUUGUCCCCAACCAUCAGCUCAACUUCAAAUCCGGCACCAUAUCUCACCUUGUGUACCGGUGAAACGUACACUUUUAUUUGUCCAUCCCAACCUCGUGUCUUGCUCUUCGACUUGAGAACAAUUUCUCGGGUCAAUUCAUAACAACCUGCUUGUAUAUUUUCUAAUCGUCUCUUGUGCCCCGGAACACACUACAGAGAGCCUUAUCAUUGCCUAACUCUCUGCCUUGUACAAUUUGAUUUGUCUGUUCUUCCUUUUGCCUUGCUUCUUGCUAUUAAGUAGUCACGUGAUGUUGUAGCGCUCCUCAAAAUCUGUCCUUGUUCAAAGGGAAACAACAUAUAGUUAAUUCUCAUUAAUAAAUGGAAACACCUUAUAUUUGCCAAAUCAAAGUCAGAAUUCCUUGAACAUAUAUAAAUAUAUACAUAGCUGAAUAUAUAUAUAUAUAUAUAUAUAUAUAUAUAUAUAUAUAUAUAAAAUCUGUGUGUGUGCGUGUGUGGGAAGAUCUCCUGACUUCUGAGAUCUUCAUAAAUUUGAAAAAAAGUAAAUGUACACUGGAAGUUGAUAGUAUAUAUUUUUAAUCUUUAGAACAAUGUGAGACUGUUAUGAGGUCAAGCGAGUAGAUUUUGUGGUGAUAAAAGGCCGAGGGAGUUCUGGAUGAUAUCUGGAUGAUAAUCAAAUGUAUCUAGAGAGUUCCAUUGAUCAUGUAAAUUUCUGUUUUUAUUGCUGCUGUUAAUGUGCUGUUGACUUGGUGUCCGCCAUUCUCGGAUGAAGCGGGAGGAUGCCCUUCUUUGAGCUGACUAGUUUCAGAAAAAAGUCUGACAUGGUUUCUGUCUACCUCAUGAAGCUUCUGCCAGUUCGACAUUGACAAAAACUGAAAGUUGUCAGAAGCCUUGUUUGAUUAUCUCUGUUCGACUGAGACGAAGUAUUGGAAUAUUUAAGAAGCUGUUCGCACUGAAGUCUUUCCAUCACGUCGCAAAACAAAAACAAUUUAUUCUUCUGGUUGGUUGUUGAUACUUUAAAAAGUAAAAAAAAACAAGGCUAAAUUUAGAUUAAAGUGGUGCGUUCUUGUGUCAUUCUCAUUUGUUCACAGUAAUUAAUGAUCUCUUUUUGUACGUGCCUUAUAUUCAAAUUUGGAUGAUCUUUCUUGGAAAAAUAAGUUUCUUGUGAAGAAACUGAAAAAGUUCAGUUUCUUAUGUCCUGUUAAACCUGUAGCCCAAAUAUUCAACAUAGUUGGCCCACAAUUUCAAAUUUAUGAAACGUUUUUUUCCCCCAUUCACAAGCACCUGAACGUACCAAAAUUGCUCUUUAAAACAUACAAAACUGAUUUAAUGAUAACUGUUGACUUUUGUUCUCCCAAACCACGAACUUCCUCGUGACCUAUUUACAGCGACUUCACAUUAUCAUACUAUUAUAUUAGGCCCCUGAUAUGUAUAUAAUAUUAAUCAGCAAUUGCCUUACAAUGUGUUUUUCCAGCAGCACUUUUUAUGGCUGCUACUUUGUCAUCAUCAUCAAGAUUCAGUAGUUAAUAGCUCCAUGUUUGGAAGAUAUAAUCAAGUGCUUAAAGUAUUAGUGAACAAGCAGGCGUUGUGUUUAAUCUGAAACUUCUGUUCAUUCCAACAACCAUUAAACCAGCUUGUGUGUGAAAUAGGGAAGCUUUGUCAGCUGAGAUUGCACCAUCAAAAUGUACAGAAUUGACUCGGCUCAAGUGACUUUGGGGGGCUGUGCAAUGGAAGAAAAUAAAUUCUAUUUUGUUUGUGA